AUGUUUGGGAAACGAGACGAAAAGACUCUCGAGGCGGGAAUCUCUACCGAUACGAGUGCAUCUGAAGAGACAUCUUUACAGCAGCAUGUUUACCCUCAUGGAUGGAGGCUCGUCGUUACCACGCUUGGUCUUUUCAUUAGCCUUUACUUGGUAAAUCUCGAAGUCACGAUUGUCAGCACCUCCCUGGUCACGAUAACAGAUGAUCUGGGGGGGUUCAACAAGACCAGCUGGAUUGUCACUGCGUAUCUGACCACCUACACUGGCUUCAUUCCGUUCUGGACCAGAAUCAGCGACUUGAUCGGGAGAAAGAGAACGAUCAACGCGGCGUUAUUUCUGUUUCUCGUCUUCUCAAUGGCAUGUGGGUUGGCUGAUACCAUUAACCAACUAAUCAUCUUCAGAGCCCUUCAAGGAUUUGGGGGCGCAGGGGUCUACCCGCUCAGUAUCCUGUGCACUUACGAAGUUGGCCCUAGAGAGAAGAUACCGAUCUUUGGAGGUCUCAUGUCUGUCGCGGUGGCACUGGCCUCUCUGACGGGGCCUAUAAUCGGAGGAGUCCUCGCCGACCAUUCGGCGUGGCGAUGGGUCUUUUAUCUCAAUCUGCCUCCUGCCGCAUUGGCAAUCCUGAUCAUUGCCAUCGCGAUGCCAACCAAUUUUGGGACAACGUCUCCAGGACCCCUUCGCCAACUCACACCCAAUAUGACCUUUUUCCGACGUAUCGACGCCCUCGGUGUCUUUCUGCUCCUCGCCGCAUCUUUUCUUCUCGUCACCGUUCUCAACGAAACCUUUAUAGCCUUCGAAUGGAACUCCGCAAUAGCGAUCACCCUCCUCGCCCUCUCCGGCGCCUCAUGGAUUAUAUUCUUCAUCUGGGAAUGGUUCAUCAUCGACAGAUGGAUCGGCUACUAUCCCAUCUUCCCAAAACGCUUUCUCUACAAUAGAGCCUGGAUCGGAAUGUUGAUAACAACCUUCGUCAGCGCCUGCCCGUGGAACGUCGUGAUUGUCUUCCUCUCACAACGCUUCAUCGUCCUCUCUCAACUCUCCCCCAUCCAGGCCGGCAUCCAUUUAAUCCCCUACUCCGCCGUCUCGACCGUCGCCACCGCCGUCGCCAACAUCGCCUGCCUGAAAGGCCGCAUCCCAUUCAUCUACAUCGUCCUGCUCGGCUCUAUCCUCCACACCAUCGGCAUGGCCCUCCUCUCCACCAUCCCUGCGUCGGGAUCCUUCCCUGUCGCGGGGUACGGGUACGAAGCUAUCGCAGGCGCCGGUGUAGGCAUCACAAUCGGGAACUUGCUUCUCGCUGUGCCGUAUGUCGUGGAAGCUAUUGAUCUCUCCACCGCAACAGGCGCCCUCAACCAAUGCCGUUUCCUCGGCGGCGCAGUAGGUCUCUCCAUCGCCUCGAACAUCCUCAACGGACGUCUCAAGAACCGCUUGUCUGGCGUCCUUCCUCCCGAGAAACUCGACUUGCUACUUCACAGCGCGAGCUCAAUUGCGUAUCUCCCCGAGAAGAUCCGCGCGUUUGUCCUGGACGUGUUUGCGGGAAGUUAUCGGCUUCAGAUGCAGGUUAUGAUCGGGUUUGCGGGGGUGCAGGUGUUGGCUUGUUUGUUGAUGUUUAGGAGGGGUGGGAAGGGGCAGUUUGUUGCGAGUGCGAGCGGUACUUAG